ACUGCCGUCUUCCUCCAAGCGAUUCUUCUGAUGCUCUCUCGCGCGUUGAGAAAGUGGGGAUGAACCAGUUCGACGCUUAAAGCGAGGCAUUAAAAAAGUUGUGGAUGGUUACUUUCGCGCACAAAUAUUUAAAGGACUAUUUUGUCUCCAGAAGUUGCAGGGCUGUGCAGGAGCAGGUCAAAUUCUUCCCCCAGCAAACAUAUCCUCCGCAGGCAGGCUGGAAGACCAUCCACCCGGGAGAUCACAGCGAAUCCGAAGAGCGCAGAUGAUCGCAACUGGUGUUUGUGGCGUCGCGCUGGUGCUGGGGUUGGUGGUUCUGAUUCCGGUGGUGGUGAACUCCGCCGGAACUCCUGCUCGCUAUGAGAUGCUCGGAUCCUGUCAAAUGGUGUGCGACUCCCACGGGACCGCGGCUACGGCUACAGCCAAGGCAACCAACCCGAUCAAAGACAACCGCCUGGUUCAGUCGCUGCCCACGUUCAUCCAGGGUCCUCAAGGAGAGCCAGGACGCGUCGGGAGGAUGGGUCCCAGGGGUCCGAUGGGCGAACCCGGGCCACCUGGACCCGCCGGUCCGCCCGGGGAGAGGGGGCCACCUGGCCCUCCGGGUUCACCGGGGGCACCGGGAGCGAACGGGCCAAACGGUGCCAUCAGUGCAGCCACUUACAACACCGUCCCCAAGAUAGCCUUUUAUGCAGGACUGAAGAAGCAGCACGAGGGAUAUGAAAUACUGAAAUUUGACGAUGUUGUUACAAACCUCGGAAACCACUAUGAUCCCUCUAGCGGAAAAUUCACCUGUUCGAUACCGGGGAUUUACUUCUUUGUUUACCAUGUGCUGAUGAGAGGCGGGGAUGGAACAAGCAUGUGGGCUGACCUCUGUAAAAACAACCAGGUGAGAGCCAGCGCCAUCGCCCAAGACGCCGACCAGAACUACGACUACGCCAGCAACAGCGUGGUUCUUCACCUGGAACCCGGGGACGAGAUUUAUAUCAAGCUUGACGGCGGAAAGGCGCACGGGGGCAACAAUAACAAGUACAGCACCUUCUCCGGCUUCAUGUUGUACGCUGAUUGAAACACGGACAGAUCUGCAGAAGAGACGAGAAAGAGAGAGAGAGGGACUGGGAGGAAAAAAGAGCUUCUCUGCAUAUAGCUUGCUUCACCGCUCGUGCUCAGUUCAAUGUCAGCUGGAUUAUUAGAGACAGAGCUCACCGUUUCUAUAACUCAAACAGAAUCAGCAGUGAUGUGGAGGAGGUCAUGCAAAAACAGAAAACUGCUGGGCAAUAGCGACGAGCUGACAGUGUAAUUACAAAACCAAAAUAACAGUUUUAAUCUGUACAGCACCCACUUGUACCCUUGUCACAUUGAUUAGUGUUGCUCGUGCUCCCUGAAUGAAAUGUCCUGCUUUAUGAAUUAAGUUUGCAGAC